AUGAAUAAUAAAAUUACUUCUAUACUCAUUGCAGUAUGCUUAUUCUAAAUUGUACUUGCAAAUCCUUGUGCUAUAUGUACUUAUAGUACUGAUGGUACUGAUGCAACAACUUGUAAUCCUUGCCCUUAAAAUACUUGUACUCCUGCUGCUGGAACUAAAGGUAAUGAUAAUACAGUAUGUAUAGCUCAACUUUGUCCUUAAGGUACAAGCAGUGCUACUGGUUUUGAUACUGAUGGUAAAGGAGCAGGCUGUACCUCUUGUCUUGCAGGUAAUUACUCUGGUGUAGGAUCUAAAACUUGCACACCUUGUCCUGCAGGUACCUAUUCUAGUGCUGAUAAAAGCGCAUCAUGCUAACACUGCGAUAUAGGUACUUAUUCAACUCCUGGAUCUGUAAAAUGUUCAAUUACAACUAAGCAAUGUCCUGCAGGUUAUAGUGGUCUUAACGCUGGUUAUGAUACUGAUGGAAAUGGCGCAGGAUGUACUAAAUGUGAAAUCAACAACUGGUCUAAUUAAGGAGCUAGUUAAUGUUCUCCCUGCAUCAAUAACCGUACAUCACCUGCUGGUUCUACUUCAGUUACUGCUUGUGCAUGCCCUUAAGGAACUACAGGUCCUAAUGAUGGUAUAAGUUUGUGCAAACCUAGUUCUUCUAGCUCCAACAUUCUUUAAAUAGCUUUAGUUUUUAUUUCUUUAAUAGUAUUUUUUUGA